UAUGGAUUGUGCCGGCCACCAGAAGCUUCAAUAACCUUCAUCUGGAUGAAGACCAAAAUAGUUGACUUAAUAGUUGAUAACUGUAUUUUUCAUUACAAGCAACCGGUUAUGGUUGAAUCGAUGUAUUUCAACCUUCCCAUCGUCUUGCCAAAUUUCUAAGUUGACUUCCACUGCGUUUCUUGUUUAGUUGGAGAGGAAGACGAGGAGAAUUCAGAAAGAAUGGCAGUGGGGAACAAGGAAGAGGUGGUGGUGGAGGAAAUACUGAAAGCCCGAACGGAUAAGAGGCAGUACAGGAGGAUUGUCCUCCCGAACUCCCUCGAAGUUCUCCUCAUCAGCGAUCAUGAUACUGACAAGUGUGCUGCUUCCAUGGAUGUCAACGUUGGUGCUUUCAGCGACCCUGAUGGCCUGGAGGGCCUUGCCCAUUUCCUUGAGCAUAUGCUGUUUUAUGCGAGUGAAAAGUACCCUUCGGAGGAUAGUUACUCCAAGUACAUCAGCGAGCAUGGAGGACGAAGAAACGCUUAUACAGCUUCUGAGAACACGAACUAUUAUUUUGACAUUAAUUCCGAUGGUUUUGAAGAGGCUUUAGACAGAUUUGCUCAGUUCUUUAUUAACCCAUUGAUGUCGGCUGAUGCUACAAUGAGGGAAAUUAAAGCUGUUGAUUCUGAGAAUCAAAAUAACCUGUUGUCUGAUGGACGGAGACUAAAAUGGCUUCAGAAACAUCUAAGUUCUGCGGACCAUCCAUACCAUAAAUUUAGUACAGGGAAUUGGGAAACUUUGGACGUCCGGCCAAAGGCAAGAGGAUUGGAUACCAGAGAAGAGCUUAUUAAGUUCUAUAAACAAUAUUAUUCCGCUAACGUCAUGCAUCUUGUCAUUUAUGGAAAAGAAAACCUUGACAAACUUCAAGCCACAGUAGAGGACAAGUUCAAGGAUAUUCGAAACAUUGACCGCAACUGCCUUCGUUUUGGCGGCGAGCCAUGCACAUCAGAACAUUUACAGAUUCUUGUCAAAACUGUCCCAAUCAAAGAGGGUCAUAAGCUGAGAGUUGUGUGGCCAAUAACUCCGGAAAUUCACCAUUACAAGGAAGGGCCAUGUAGGUAUCUUAGUCAUCUCAUUCACCAUGAAGCAAAGGGAUCUUUGUAUGCGGUGUUGAAAACUUUGGGAUGGGCAACAGGUUUGUCUGCUGGGGAAUCAGUCGACUUGGAAUUUUCUUUCUUUAAAGUAGAUAUUGAUCUCACUGAUGCGGGUCAUGACCACAUACAAGACAUAGUAGGCUUGCUUUUCAAAUACAUUUCCCUCUUACAGCAGUGUGGCGUCUGCAAAUGGAUUUUGAUGAGCUUUCUGCUGUUUGCGAGACGAAGUUUCAUUAUCAGGACAAAAUUCAGCCUAUUAAUUAUGUGGUCAGCAUUUCGCCAAAUAUGCAGUCCGUACAUUAUUCAAAUGGUGCUGAGCAAGCUUUCUUCAGACAACGUCAGAAUUUUCUGGGAGUCAAAGAAAUUUGAAGGUCAUACUAACAUGUCUGAGCCAUGGUAUGGAACUGCUUAUUCCGUCGAGAGAAUUAAUGGCUCCAUGAUUCAGGAAUGGAUAUUAUCUUCCCCAAAUGAGAAUCUGCACUUACCAGCCCGUAAUGUGUUCAUUCCCACUGACUUUUCGCUUAAGAAUGAUCUUGAGAAGGCCAAAUAUCCAGUUCUGUUGAGAAAGUCCCCGUAUUCAACACUGUGGUACAAGCCUGAUACAAUGUUCUUUACUCCGAAGGCUUACGUUAAAAUUGCUUUCACUUGUCCCCACGCAAGUGCCUCCCCUGAAACAGAAGUCCUAACUAAUAUUUUUACUCGGUUGUGGAUGGAUUACUUGAAUGAACAUGCUUACUAUGCUCGUGUUGCUGGACUGUCUUAUGGAGUAAACCACACGGUUAGUGGGUUUCAGGUGACUCUCGUUGGCUAUAAUCACAAAUUGAGGAUUUUACUGGAAACUGUAGUUGAGAAGAUCGCAAGCUUUAAAGUGAAAUCUGAUAGGUUUGCCGUUAUCAAGGAAAUGGUCACAAAGCAGUACCAAAACUUGAAAUUUCAACAGCCUAAUCAGCAGGCUGGGAAAUACUGCUCAUUAAUUCUAAAGGAUCAUACUUUUCCAUGGACAGAAAAUCUUGAAGCUCUUCCUCACCUUCAAGUUGAAGAUCUUGCCAAGUUUGUUCCUCUAAUGCUCUCGAGGGCCUUCGUAGAGUGUUAUACAGCAGGAAACCUUGAAAGGAACGAAGCUGAGUCAAUGAUCGAACAUAUUGAAGAAGUCUUCUUUAAGGGCUCAAAACCUAUGUGCCAACCUUUAUUCCCAUCCCAGCAUUUAAUGAAUAGAGUCGUGAAGCUUGAAAGGGGCAAGAGCUAUUUUUACCCUGUGGAAGGCCUUAAUCCAAGUGACGAGAAUUCUGCCCUUCUCCACUAUAUUCAGGUUCAUCGGGAUGAUUUUAUGCUAAAUGUGAAACUUCAGCUGUUCGUUCGUAUGGCAGAGCAGGCUGCCUUCCACCAGCUGAGAUCUGUUGAGCAACUUGGUUACAUCACGUUCCUCCAGCCGAGGAAUGAUUCUGGUGUUCGUGGGGUGCAGUUUAUUAUACAAUCGAAAGUGAAGGAUCCAGCACAUACCGAUUUGAGAGUGGAGGAAUUCCUUAAGGGGUUCAAGACUAAACUUUAUGAGAUGCCAAAUGACGAAUUCAAGAGCAAUGUAAAUGCUUUGAUCGACAUGAAGCUUGAGAAGCACAGGAACUUAAGGGAAGAAGCUGGAUUUUAUUGGGGGGAGAUAUCUGUUGGGACCUUCAAGUUUGAUAGGAAAGAGUCUGAGAUUGCAGCACUGAGGCAGCUUACACAGCAAGAAAUGAUGGACUUUUUCAAUGAGCAUAUAAAGGUCGGUGCUCCUCAAAAGAGGUCAUUAAGCGUACGUGUGUACGGGAACUCACAUUCAUCCGAGUACAUGACAGAUAAAAGUUCACCGCUGCAACCUAGCAGCGUCAAAAUAGACGAUAUUUUAAGCUUCAGAAGCUCACAACCUCUUUAUGGUUCAUUCAAGGGAAACGAUGUGAAAUUGUAGAGAAUUGGGAGUUACAUAUCUGGAUUUGCAAAUGGAAUUUCUUCACUUCAACUUGGACAAAGUUGAAGAAUACCAAAAGCUUGCAGACAGAGAUUCGGCAGAAAGAACGUGUAAGAAGUUCAUCAACAAAUCAAGUCUAUUAGAUAAAAUGAUGUUUCUUACAGGGCAUUGAUAUCUCGAAUUCCAUUUUUCACAUACAUUGUUAAUUUGUUAUGUGAAGUUUCUCAUUCAGAAGGCGUUUGUUAUGCAAGUAAUAUUUUUAUAAGUGAAAGAUGAUAAAUUUGUUUAAAA